AAAACAAUGGUUACAAAAUUAUCUUGUAGUCGCUGUAUGGUUGAGUUGUGAGAAUUUGGAAGAAAAGGAUUCUUGAACUUAGUAUGUUUUCCAAUUCGAUACUGGAUGUCACUUGGUACUAAAUUCACAUCAACAAGGACUAGAAGUGGGGGAAACUUAUUGGUGAACUUCACCGUGAAGACCACAUUUGGUGAAGAACUUCCAACUGAGGUCAGUGAAAAUAUUUACACUACCAAAACCACAACACACCCCACCUCCGACGUUGGCGUGCGACCUCCAAAUCGCCAGUUUGUCCCCAGAACCUGUGGCGUGAUCAUAUAUUUUGCCCCUGUCUGACAGGAGAUGAAAACCGCUUUCUCUAGCCCACAAAUCGUGCCAAAACCACGCAGAACCAAACAAGAAUGUUGUCAGUAGUCCAAACAGCUGCCACUGAACUACUGACGGUUAGCAGGGGGUGGCAGCGUGAGGACAGUGCGACGUGUCGCAGCUGUUCGCGACUUCUGCCAAGCUCAGCACGAAGUGCUAACUGGGAGGGAGAGAACUGAGUGAGUUUGUUGUCAACUCGAGGCAUUGUUCCUAUUCCGAGAGUCAUGAAGAUCUACAGAGAGGUUAUUGCUGUAGUCUUUGUGUCAGUACUUUGCUUCUGUCAAGGACAAGGGAGAAGCAGACUUUCCUUCCCACGCAUGCGCAGCCGCAUGCUUCUGCCCGAACCAGGACUGCAGUUAUGCCGCCCGUCGCCAUGCGCGCUGCAGUGUGAGUAUGGACGGGAGACUGACGCCAGGGGCUGUCCCGUUUGUCGCUGUCAGGAAGCUCCGGAUUCCAUAGACAGCAGUGAGGUACCCACCACAAACAACCCGGCAAACCUGGAGCGGACGGACCCUGUACCUCUAACAACAGUACCUAGUGACUUUGACGAGUUCUGCAGUCAAGAGCACAACAGUAAUCUUUCGUCCUGCCUCCUGCAAAAUGAGCGACCAGACGAUUUUACCUACUACAUCACCAGGUUUGGACUGGAUGCGUUUGGUGUUGACCCAGAGGACUUCGCAAACUUGACCGUUCAACAGGGCAACAAGACAAAGCCCUCCUUCCACCCACUGAGUGGUGUAGAGUCCCUCAACCCGUGCGCAGCGAACGGUAAGUUCGUCAACCCCAGGACAGCUCUAAACAGGAAAAAUGAGGAGGUUGAGCUGUGGGUGGGGUCGGACAGAAACGGGCGCACCAAGCUACAACUGAUACACGAGGUGAGUUGCAGAAGCGCCACCCCAGUCCACCAAGGCUGCGGUACUGCAUCGGCUGGCGGAUUCUGCACGGAAGAAAAGACUCUCCAGCGGGCUUACGUCAUCUCCCAGGACACGUUACAGCCACGCCCAGAUUGGAUCUAUGUCAAGACAAGUUGUAGUUGCCACGUCGAAAGGUUGGGAUAGUUGUUUUGUCAGGCUUAAGGUGAAAACAAUUGUGAAUACAGGUGUGAAUACUUGGAUCUGAAUGAAAUACAGGAAGGAGGAGGGGAUAGAUAUGAUACUAGUAGGCUGUCUGUGAAAAUUUUAUUAGUCUGGAAAGAAAUGUAUCCUGACCAUAGCCGAGACUUCCUACCACCAUCACUGAUAUAUGGACCCAGACGGCGUCUGUGCAACAAUAUUGACGGAGGAAGCAAAGAAAUGUUUCGACAAUGCUUUAAUGUAGAAAAUAUCACAUGAACCUAAGUGUUGCCUUUAUAAUAGUUGCAUUGUAAUAUCUAUACCUUAAAAUAUACUGAUAUAUGUAUCACAGAAUAA